GCUUCAUUCGCUGCCCUUGCUUUUUUAAAUUCAGAAGGUUUUCUCCUCAAUUUGAUAUUGUUACCUGACAUGCUUCAAAGUAGGAUAGGAUGCGAUGCAGCCCAGAGGUCUUCGAUUUGAGCGGCUGGGUUUGGGUCUCCUUUGCUCAGCCUGCGCUGUGACCAUGACCCCCUGCAGCGCUCCCGAGACAGCCCGGUCCCUCCAUUAAUGAGGCACAGAGAUGUGGGGCGCUCCUGUCAUCCACCUGCUCACUGUCUCAGUGCUUUGGAGCUCCCAGGUUGCAGCGAGGAAGAAGCUGAAGGACACUCUAGAGGAAUGGAAGCAAUACCACCUGGAGUGUCAGGAGAAGAUGAUGUACGACCCCUACCCACAAGGCGUGUUCUGUAACCGCACGUUCGAUAUGUAUGCCUGCUGGAGUGAUGGUCUGCCCAACACCACAGCGAAGGUACCCUGCCCAUGGUAUCUACCCUGGCACGACCAAGUUCGGAAUGGUUUUGUCUUCUGGCACUGCGGCUCGGAUGGUCAGUGGCUCAUUAACAGCUCUGGAUACCCCAUGAGAGAUUAUUCCCAGUGUGAAUUGGACGACAGUCUCCAGAAAGCACAGGAGGAGCAGAUGAGACUCCUGGCCUAUUUCCGGGUCAUGUACACAGUCGGUUAUUCGCUGUCUCUCGGGGCGCUGACGCUGGCACUGGCAAUCCUCUUGUCAUUCAGAAAGCUGAGGUGCACUCGGAACAUCAUCCACAGCAACCUGUUUGCCUCCUUCAUGUUGAGAGCGAUCUCUGUCCUCACACGGGACGUCCUGCUGCUGAGACAGACCAGAGAACUGAGAGACAACCGGGACCCGACCAUCAUGCUGAGCAACCAGGCACAGGAACAGGCAGAUGCACUUUCGGUCCUAGAUUUGUCGAGCUGGUGCUGGGAAGUAAAUGAGAACAUGUCGUAUUGGUGGAUUAUACGCUCCCCUAUACUGCUAGCUAUUCUGAUCAACUUUCUCAUAUUCAUUCGGAUUAUACAGAUUCUCGUCUCCAAAUUACGAGCACAUCAGAUGAGGUACACCGAUUACAAAUUCAGGCUGGCGAAGUCGACGCUGACUCUCAUUCCUCUCCUGGGGAUUCAUGAGGUGGUGUUCGCUCUCGUCACGGAGGAGCAAGCCGAAGGAACGCUGCGCAAUGUCAAGUUCUUCUUCGAGCUCUUCCUCAACUCUUUCCAGGGACUGCUGGUUGCCAUUCUGUACUGCUUUACGAACAAGGAGGUGCAGUCGGAGAUCAGGAAGAAAUGGCAGAGGCGGAACCUGGGCGCCAGCCUUCUGGACGAGCACCGCAACACAUACAGCAACACGCCACAGGGUGGCGCCGUCGAGCCAGAGGUUGGGCAAGCGGGAAAUGGGAUCUGCCGCCAAUCUGCCACCCAGCAGCAGCUCGACGCCAGCACAGAGUCGCACAGCUCUUCAGACAACCCGUCCUCCGGUCCACAGCACCGCCACUCCGGAGCCAAGAAGGGCAAGUCCUUCUGCUACAUCUCCACUCGCAAACAGCUCCCCAGCAGCCUGGACUGCUUGCCCCCCAGUGCCAGUGGAGCAGGGGAGGGCAGCAUCGUGGGCCAGUGCACCGAGAGCUACUGCUGAGAGGUCUGCAGUGGAUCUGGGUUUUGUUCCUCCCAUAUUAAGCGUACUUCAUUUCUUCCUUUGCCUAGCUUUGAGCUUGCCGGGAGAAUCCUAGCCAUUCCAUUCAAAUCAUGGGACGGCGUGACCUUUCAACUCCCAAUUACUGUCUGUCAGUGACACUGGAACAGUUUUUAAAGUGGGGGUGCUGAAAGCCAUUGAACAAAACUGUAACCCCUGUAUAUGAUGGAAGCAAAGCCAGAGGGUGCUGCCGAACCCCCAGCACCCCCUAGUUCCAGCGCCCUUGCUGUCUGUAUACAUGUAGAGUAGGUGGGGCAUCACGUGAUUUGAAUGAAGAAGGUGUUUCAGUGUUUCAGUAGCAGUGCAGCCAGAUGCUUGUUUCGGAUCUAUCUUACCCAUGGCAAACGAAGACCUUGGAUUUACAAGUUAAAUGGUUUUGUCCUCCAAACCUCUAGGGGGAGCCUGCAAAACCUGCCAAAAAAUGUAUUUGUAACAUUUUUACCUCAGGAUUAAUAUUCUGUUUCCAAUUUGUUUUACCUCCAGCAUUGUGGGGCCAGGAAUCUUUCUCGGCUACAGUUUGGAUUUUGUGUGUGUGUGUGUGUUUUUUGUUUGUUUGUUUUACUCGGGAUGUGUCUGUGAUGCUGAACUAUUGAAUGAACCAUUUUAAAUUGAGUUGGACAGUAUCCCCUUUUAAAUGAAGAUUCUUAACACCUUAUGAAAGGCCCAAAGACUUACUGUGACGUUUUAAAUGCAAUUUUCCAGACAGUUUUGAAAAAGGUCUUGUGUAGCAUUGUGCUGUGGCAGUACAACGACUUCGGCUGCUGCAGUUCUGCUAAUACACCGACAGGUGGUGCUGUUUUGUUAUUUCUGACAGCAGCGGAAAGGAAUAGCCACGUGAAACUGCCCUCCGGAUCAGAUGAUUCUAGGACAUUUUGCCAAGCACUCCCACCUUUCACCUCCCAAGCUCGGCCUCUCCGACAUCAACCCACCCUGACCCUGACCCUGACCUAACCCCAGCCCUAAAAUCUAACCGUUAAGACUCACUUGAUCCCCUGAAGACAGUUUCUAGUGGAUUUUCCUUUGUGCUGCUUUCUGACAGCACAG